AUCAUCGUUGUGUUUUUGCGCGCGUGGGCUGAGGACUAUGGUACCGCAGAUACAUUGAUCCAAUAGCCUUUUUUUUUUUGUAUUAUCUUUUAAAAUCGCUGACUACACCUAUUUCAGACAGGUGCAUUGAUAUACUGAUUUAAAACAUAGGAUAGGGUUCCUUCUGUCUUGAAAGGCAAUGAAUACUUAUAGAUGAACUGCUGGUUUUUGGAUUCUUCCAGAGUCGAUGCAGAAUCUUCUGUGACUGUAAAAUCCUAUCCCGGGGAAGCAAACUUAUAUAAAAAGCUGUUUAAUAACAUUGUUUUCAUGGAUAAAAAUGUAUCAUUAUAGAGUGGUUAUUUCUAUAAUGAAGGUGUUGGAAGCUGGAUCCUGAACUCUUUAUUUAACACAUGUCAAUAGAGACAUUUAUUUCAUUUCUACUGCUGGACACUAAAGAUGUCUAUUACAAUGUCUGAAAGGGGUCCAUUGAGACUUGUACUGCUUCACCCUCACUGACCAAUCCAGCCCCAAAGGAUGGCUUCUUUCUCCUUAGGGUUCACAGUCCUCGUCCUUUUCUUGGCGGCGUCUAGGGCGCCCUCUUCGACCUGGGCUUCGGUCAGAGCUUACGCUAAUGGUGCGUUUCCGGGGAUGGACGACGCUGUGGCCGAGGAGAUUGACCAGUUUGUUUACCACAUCCUGCCCUGCCACCAUUCUCCGGCCCUGACUCUGUCCAUAGUGAAGAACGGAAGCCUGGUGCUGACCAAAGGUUACGGCUUCACCAGCACGAACAACACGGCCAACGUGACCUCCAGGACCAAGUUCGCCAUCGGGUCGCUGACCAAAGCUUUUACCGCAACACUGAUAGCCAAAUGGUUGCUUGACCAGAACAACAUCACUGUAGACACGCCCAUCAAGUCGUACCUGCCAAACUUCCGGGUCACAGACGACUUACGUAGCAGCAAAGCUUCUCUCAGGGAUCUUUUGUCCCACCGGAUGGGGCUACCGUCUUUCUUCAAAGCUUUAGGAAUGGGGUUUACCGAACAUAUGACUAGGCAGAUGCUGGUCAACCGACUGGCCUACAUGCCCACCAAACAUGCGUUCCGGCACAAACUUAUCUACAACAAUUACAUGUACGCCCUGGCCGCUACCGUCCUAGAGCGGAUGAGUGGGGGCAAGUCCUGGGAGAACAUACUCAAGGACUCCAUCUUCCGCCCUCUCAACAUGACCAACUCGGGUUUCUUGGAAGAGCUGCCCAAUUUCUCCGAUUUUGCACUGCCUUGUGCAAUGGUGAACGGUUCCAAAGUGGACUUAUCUACAGAACUCUUUAAGACGGUGUUACCAUGCGGCCCAGCGGGAUCUAUCUAUUCCAACGCUGAGGACAUGGCGAAGUGGAUGAAUUUCCUAUUGAGGAAGGGCCUGGGCCCCAGUGGGGACGUCGUGAUGCGGCCGGAGGUCAUUCAAAUGACCCAAGAGCCAGGCAUGCUGUCUACCCUUCCGUUUCACGAGCUGAGCAAACCGUUUUAUCCUGUUAGUCACGUGUCGCAAAGUUACGACAUGGGAUGGAUCACUGCUAACUACAGAGGACACAGGCAAGUGUUUCACACCGGGGGCAUAGUGACCCACUCGUCACGCCUCUGGCUCUAUCCAGACGCCCAUGUCGGCAUCUACGUCAGUGUGAACGGUCCACAAGACAAGCAAGAUUUACUGGAGUCCUUGAUGUAUUACACGUCAGAUCUUCUGCUUAACGAACCCCCGUGGCUAAACAGGACCGUCGAAUGCACCUUUUUGUCCUCCUUUAUGCAAAAAAGGAACAACAGUACUUCACAACCUACGAAGUCCGUCGUCUCAGGGGACACCUCUGAAGAAAGUCGCCUCCCUGAGCCAAGUCUCUUCGACUUCGUUGGCGUCUACCGACACGCCUUCUUCGGCACAGUGGACAUCUCCCUCAGCCCACUCAACGACUCUCUCGUCUUCAAAUUCGGACGCUUCGGCUUCAAGAACUUGACCCGCCUCGGGCACUUGGAUUUCUCGGCAAAGUUCUUCGGCCCCUUGAGCUUUCAAAACUCCGACGUUGUGGAAAUCGUCAAGUUCUCCAGGGGCGUGGGCAGAAACAUCGACUCUCUUCUCCUUAAUCUUGACGACGAUGAAGACUUCAUUGAAUUUAAGCGUUGCCGCCUAUGCGUUCAUAACAGUCUUAAAGAAAACGAGUUUAACGCAGCAUCCCUAUGUGGCGCCCAACUGAUACUUCGAAGUACUCUCUUCCUACUAUUUCUGUUACAAAUGUGUACUAUAUUAUAGUUCAAUAGACUCAAAAAGACUUUUUUCUAAUGACAAAAAAUAUUUGUUUGACAGAGAAUGAACUAUAAUCAAGAAAAUGACGAUAAAGAAAUAAUAUAUACAAUUAUUUAUAAAGGAUCUUCAUGUAUGAAUGAUUACUAUACAAUGCCUGACUCGUGUGUACAUCAAAGUUAUAUAAUUAUUAAUGUUUAAGACCUACUUAGAAUAGGUUCUUCCUCGCUUUGGGCGAGAAGUUCUAUGUGCAGAGAUCGGCCAUAGGCGACAUCCACACCUCUCCCUACCUUGAUGCCAAAAGAUUUUCGGUCAUCUAAGAAGGUGCGACGCCAUGUUGUACAUGGACGGUCUCGUUUUCGAUUUCUUCUUUUCAGUGUCCAGGCUAUGGCUGAAUUUGGUCAACGUGUUGCUUCUUGUGUAAGGAUAUGCCACGGGAAUCUCAUAGACGUUUUGUCAUUUUUUUUCACCCAGGGUACGAGUGUCUGUGCAAGAUAGAACCUCUCUAUUGGUGACAUGAUCUCGGUAUGUGAUUCCUGGGAUCCCUAUCAGUGAUCGGUUGUCUGGCCACGUUAAGUCUCUUUUCAACCUUCCACGUCUCGCAAACGUAAGUGGCCGUUGAGAUGAUGAUUGUAUUGUUUGCUCGUUGUUUUUUUUAAGUCGGCCCCUGCUUUCUCUGUCGGAUAGGGAAUAAAUAAGAGAGUUUCUAGUAUUUCUACAUGUUAUAUUAUGGUGAAAAUGUAAUACCAAAACAUAUCAAGAGGAUGUUCCAAAGUGAUUAGUGAAAUCUUUGAUUAUGUCUGCAAGUGAAAGUAUAAAUGACUGUCGCAAUGCAAGCAAACUAGUCGUUGUACCAAAGUACACUAUAUAUGUACAGGUGAUCCAAGCUUCAAUUAUUAAGGAUCUUAAAUAUCCUUUGCUUAAUGAAAUCAUUAUAACUACAGAAAAAAAAUGAAGUAUCAGUUUUUAAAUUGAUUCUAGCUUGUAUAUAGCGCUACUUUCAUGCUUAUGGCAUGCUCAGAGCGCUAUGGUCUUAUCUCCAUUGUGGACCAGUGGGGGGAGGGGGUAUCUGGGAGAAGGUUUUUCCAUGCUCAUUGAACUCAGCUCUGCUCGAGUCAGGUGUCGAAUCUCGAGCCCCCUUCAUAAAUAGCCAAGCCAAACACAGUUCAAGCGUACUUAGCCUCUCGACCACGCAAGCGAAAUGUAGCUUUUAUUUUUCUGAAAAUGUUUAACAUUUGUGUAGGAAAGGACUUACAAAAAUGGGAAAUGGCUACACAACAACAGAAGUAGCUACAUGGAAACAAAAAAUCGCUACAUAUUAUUUGAGAAUGUGAAAUAUAAAAAUUAGAUAUUAACAAUUUGUUAUGCUGCAUUUUUAUGAAGUACAUUUUUAAAAUGCUGUUGUUAAAACAAAAGAAUGGAACUCUUUAGUUUUAAAGUAAAUAUUUUGAUUGGGAGUCAUGUGACAAGUUUGCAAACGAUUGUGCAUUGAAAUGUGUUUCAUUUCCUAUCAACUUCGUAUUGAAGCGAGUUUUUGGCUGACGUGAAAAUUGACUUACAUAAAUUUUGCAAGCUAAAAUUAUACACUAAAAUGUUUUAUAAGACGGUGGGCGAAAUCACUUAUUUUACCUGUAAGUCCAACUAUACAAAUCUUUAAAAAAAAAAAGAGGAACAUAAAGCCCGAAAAAGAGGCAAAGAAAAGAGGCCUAAGGCCCAAGGAUUCCUAUGAUGAUAAAGCUAAAACUGAAUAGCGCAAAUUCUGAGGUUUCCUUUAAAAAAAAAAUAAAAAAAUCAUGGAACAUCGGGUUGUGAACUUUAGCAGCAACGAAUGAUAUUGCUUAGCAAAGGGAGAAGGAAAAAAAAUCUAAAAGACUUUAUGCAUUCUAUUCUUUAAUAUAUCGGCUUUUAUGUUGAGAUGAGCUCAAAUUAUCUUUAAGACAGGACGCUUCACACCUACCUUAGUGCCCUGACAUGAAACCGCAUAUCAAAGUAGUGCCCCUUAUUGUUUCUAUACAGGCGGAGUGAUACAACCGACACGCUUUCCCGUCAACUCUAGAAGAUGUGUGACACUAUUUCCUCUGGCUUCAUGUGGUGACGGAAAGAGCCAGGCCGAAUAUCACCUCCAGGGCUGUGUACCGAUCUGCAUUGCGCUCUUAUGAGUGUUCAUGGAAUGUUAUAAGCCUCCAUCACGGGUCGUGUUUACAAUGUGAAUACUAGACUCCAAAGUCAUCGUAAUGUACGUAAGGAUAAUGAAGUCAUCUUUAAGCUGUAAGAAUUGACUAAAAGUAUUCCAGUCACAAGGGAGUGUAAAAGAGUAUUCUUUCUGAAAUGUGGUCUUUUGGUCGUCUCUAAAGUCAGUCACUACAAAUCCAAAAGCCUCGUUCUGUAAGUCAAGACUUAAACACCAAAAAAAAGUUUGUUUUGUUUUAAAUAUCAUCCCUGACAGUAAAACAUGGAUGGAACGUUACACACAAUACAUGGUCUUGUUACCAAAAUUUAUUAAAGCAAAUUGUUUUCAGCUGUUAAUAAUUGAACGGUGUCAUCCAUUUAUACUUUGUACUUUUGACAAAUGCAAUUUGAAAAAAAAAAAAAAUGUUUCAUUGUGUAUUAGUGACGUUUUAAGACAUUCAUAAACCUUUGAUCAAAAUCUGUUUCAGCAGUAAAAUGAUUUGAAAACCGAAUUAUAAAUGAGUAUAUACAAAUAUUUUGUAUCAUAAUUCAAACUAAGAUAUCUGAAAUAUAGAAUGUCAUAAAAUUAAAUAUAUACUUAUUGAAUAAAUUUCUUAUGUGGUAAUAGUCAUUA